GUUUGAUAAGAGACACUUCUAAGUUGUUAAAUUUCAAUUGUCAACUCUUAAAAAAAUAUAUUUAAAUUUAAACUUUUAAAUUAAACGAUCAUCAAAAUGUCGAACUUUUGGAGCUUGAAUUGCGGAAAGAUUGAAUCAGAAGCCAAAUUCUAUGCAUGGUUUGGAAUAACAUUAAAUAUAAUUAUUGCGGUCUUUGCAAUGUACUUGACUGUGUUCCUGAUCAAAAAUCCAUGCGAAACAAUUAUAGAAAUGAAGCCAAUCGUCCAAAUAACUCGAAUGUAUACUGAAUCCAAAAAUUGUGAAACCAUAUCAACAGCUGCUUUGAUGACUGCAACAAAGGUUUUCAUCGUUGCUGUGGCUGAAGUGAUUCUUUUGGCAGUUCUGUUGCUGGGUAUUAAGAAGCGAAAUCCAGCUUUCAUCCAUCACGUUUUCGUCUACUAUAUUGUAUCGACGAUCAUGGGAUUCUUUUGGGAACUCUCAGCCUUUUCAUCUAAAGGUUAUCUUCUAGUUAUUUUCCCAGGUAUUUUGCAUCUUUAUUUCAUCUAUAUUCUAUAUGCUUUAUAUUCAAAAGUCAGCAGCGAAUAUCAAAGCAUUGAAAAUGUUGAAUUACAAAGAGUUUAAGUCAUGUGCUAGUGACUAUAACUUUACAAAUUAAAAUGGAAUUGGGAAUAUAAUGCAAUAAUAAAGUUUGGC